CAUUACUUCACUUUGAAGACCAAACAACCCCUCCCUCCCAACAGGACCCAGAUCACCAGAUCUUUGUUUUUGUUUCCCCAAAAACAACUUCUUUUCCUUUUCCUUUUCCUUUUCCUCUCUUCCCAUUGAAAUGUAAACCCCAGACCAUUUUAACAAAACAAUCUUCCUGUUCCUCUUCAUCUUUAUAUCAUCGAUGUUAGACGAUCUCGGCAGUGGACAUUUUUAGGCCAUUUGUUUCUGUCCGACGGCAAUCAUGGGAAAUUGUGUUCUUGUUCGUAGAGACCAGAAACCUGAUUCUAAAUUCAAAUGGUCGGUCGGUUCUGGGACCGUCGUCAAUGUUAAUGUUUCGAGCAAUGAAUCCGACAACAAACCCGAGGUUUGGGAAAAGGAGAUCAUAGGAAGGCUUUGUUCUAGCCCUCGUCUCUCUUCACAUCUACAACCCUCUUCUCCACCAUUCGGUAAAGGCGACGAGAUAUUUUUUGAUUCACAAGCUUGGUUGGAUUCUGACAACGAUGAUUUCUUCAGCGUCAACGGAGAUAAUACACCGUCGUGUGGCAACACCCCACUAUGGCGUCCGAACACCAUCGAAGCACCACUGGCUGAUCCAUCGUCCCCGAAACAAAGAAAGAAACUGCUAUUUGAGUUGUUUCAAGAAAGCUUCAAUAGAGAACAUGGAAGGUCGAUUGCAAACCCAACAAUUAGUAAUCGUCACAACAUUGAGGUUGUAAUUAUGGAGGCUAACGAUAAGAAGCCAAUUUCAAAAUCGGUGAAAGGAAACUCAACGCAAUCGACACCAUGGUGCAUUCCGGUCCCGAAGUUGACGCGAAGCCUCAGCCUCGGCGAGAAAAAGAAGAGGUUGCUCAGCCCUUGUCGCGGCGGUGGUCAUGUACACCAUUGAGCCCCAUUAUGUUUCCAUGUGUGAAUUUGUAUGUAAAUUUCUAAACUGUGAAUGUUUUUGAACUUUAAUAUUUGCUUCAAUAAUAAUAUUUAUGUCUAUCCUA